GAGAAGGAUCUGCCAUCGAGGCCAACGACACUGGAUGAGCAGAUCGAGCGAACACAAGACGUUACCACAACACCACUAGCACCGCCACCUCCACCACCACCAUCGGCGGCGGCGGGGGCAUUAGCGGCGACAGCUGCAGUAGCAAGCAAACCGACGGCCGGACACUCGGGCAGAGCUGCGGGAGGGAGUAGUCGGGGAGCAUCAUCCGCUUCCGCGCUACAGCUCCUCUCGAGCCAGCACCAUCAGCCGCAUCAUCACGCCCUGUCCCAUCAUUAUGGCCACAUGCAGCCGCCCCAUCAUCAUCACCACGCUUCAGCGUCCUCCUAUCAUCAUCUGGCAGGGAGCAGCAGCAGCAGCAGCAGCCAUUCGCCUGUAUCGCUACUGUCACAGCGAUAUCAUCAGCAGCACCAUCACCAUCACUAUGCCGCUGCUGCCGCCCAUCAUAGGAGCCCGUUCUCGCAGUGGCUACAGCAACCGGACGCACGGGGUGAUCCGCACGGUCAAUACUAUUACUAUUACUACUACUGAGGAGAAAGAGAGAAAGAGAGAGAGAGAGAGAGAGUUAGAGGGAAACAGAUAUUGUUGCCAUUUGUCUUGCCAAAACCAGGAGAAACAAAACGGAAAAAAACGAUCUAUCAACCAAAUAUGGUACAAAACAUGGAUCAGACAGGAGGAAGAGAAGAAAAGAUGGAGAUAGAGAGAGACGGAACGUACACCGGGAAUUAUUUUUCUUGAUUUUUUGCUGCUUUUAAACACACAAAACCCUCUCUCCCCUUUUCUUAAGGGGGUGGGAGAAACAAACUGAAGGAACAAUUCUUUCAAACAAAACAAGAUGAUGAUGAUGAACACUACUACUACUACUACUACUACCUGUUACGCAGCCGACUAUUUUAAAAAUCCUUAGCUACCAUUUAUUAGUUGCGUCUAGUUACUUUUUCUCUUCGAUUUGCGCAAAGAAGCAGCAGCAAAUUAGUUGUAUAGAGCAUAAGAAGGUAUUUUUAUGACAAAAUUUCUUUACACUAUCUUUCUCUCUCUCUCUCUGUUUGCAAGAGAGAAUAAAAGAGAGACCAUUGUGUGUGUCUGUGUGUGUGGCGCGGGGGGAAAUGGAUUUCAUUUCAAUGUUGCAAGUGUUGAUGAGUGAUUUUUACCCAUCCAAAAAGCCCUCCACACCCACCCAGAUACCGAGUGUGCUGAUGGUUAUUCUUUUCUUGAUGCAAUUAGUUUAGUACAACUUUUAAAUAGCCCCUUUUUAUGUGUAUUAGCCAUAUUAAGAAAACACAGACACAUGCGCGCGCGCGCGCGCAGACACACUCUUAGUAGCCAUCCCUGUUGAAGGUGUUUAGUAGAUCUUAUUUCAUACUUAUACUCAACGCAAAACAAGGGAACGCAAAAAGGCAGAAACACCCUCCAACCCAUUUGAAAGAGUCUUGUGGUCUCUUUUUUUGUGUAUGGGGACAGGGCAGUUUUAUAGCAACGUAAGUGAGUAUGUUUAGGUAUUACCUUCUUCUUCUUUUCUUCUUUUAUGUGUAGUGUCACAUGUUUGUUGCUAUAAUUGAGGAAGCUGCGGAGAGGAGAAGAUAAAGACACACACUCACACCGCCUCUGGAAGAAAUGUCGCGCGCAAUUAGCUAUUUAAGUAUUUAUUUUCGUUUAGAGCGAAUGUGAAUCUAUUCAUUAGUCCUUACCGCUUCAUCCCCCCUACUUUCUUUGCUACUUUAUUGCCCAUUUCUCACUAUCUAGUUUUUGUUUUAAUUCUACAUACAUGCGCGCGCGCGCAUACAAACUAUUAAGAGGAAAAAAAGCAACAACGCAAUGCGACAUUUCAUAAUUGUAUUUAAUUUAAAUUAAUUUAUAUAAAUCUUAUUUUUCUAUCAAUCGUGAGGGAAAAGGGAAAGCAUCUCACCCCUUUCCUUUUGUGUCGCCCAGAGGUUUUUCUCCCCCAUAAGUGGGGGGGUGGUAGCGAUUACAUGCCAUACUGAGUUUUGUUUUAAGGAUCGUGCAAAAUGAAGAAUCAAGACGUGUGUGCACGCGCUCUGUACAACUGUAUGAUGGUUUAACGUUGUUUAAGUAGAAGUUUUUGUAUCGUUUUUACAACUUUAUUUGCUUUCGUCUGCUUUGCGCAAGCUUCGAAGCGAUACUUCUUUCUUCUUUUUUUUAAUUAAAUUUAAUUAGAUUGAAUGUUUGUAAUUUUACUUUUCUUCUUUUAAAUAAGAGCAUAAGUUACAUGUUUCACCCCUGUGCGUGUAUGUGUGUAUGAUUGUGUUGGUGCAGCAAUUAAGACAAAACAGUGCAACCACACACACACACACACACAUACGAUAGCUUAGUGUACACUUGGUUAAGUCAGUUGAUGGAAAGAGAUACGCGAACAAAGUACGACACGUGUAGUAAUAGGAAACUAUUUGCCAUAACAAAGAACAAACAAAAACACAAACACAUACAAACAAACAAGUGUUGUUGUGACUCCCUGUCAUAUCGCAAAACAAAAACAAAAAACAAGGGAGAAAAAGAAAAGAAAAGAAGAAGCAAGCGAGCAAAGAAGUAAUACUCACAGAAGCAGAAGAAGAAGACAAAAGACGUAGAAGAACACAAACAGUCACCGCCCCACCCCCUCGUGCAUGACACAACACGAACAAAAAACGCGAAAAAAUGGGGGAGAAAAUAAGAGAUGGAAACUACUGUGAGAGCAUUUUUUUACGUUUUAAGCUAAUCAACUAAAGACAUUAAAAAUGAAGUAAAAAUGAUAACACGAAGAAGAGAAGAGGAAUGGAAAACAACACGUGAACGAAAACAGUAGUGUGGCAUGAAAUUCCAAAUUGAUGAAACACAUGAAUAUUCGUGAAGCAAGAGAGAGAGAGAGAGAGAGAGAGAGAAAAAAAAAAGAAAGCUAGAGAGCAAGAGAUAGAUAUACACGAACAAAACACACAACAAAUGAAUAAACUUAAGUUGCAUUUUUUAUAUCUCAAAAACUAAUUCAUUUUUACCACCUUUUUUUAUUUGAAUUUUGUUUUUAUAUUGGUUUUCUAUUCACCUUUCAUAAAGCGAAAGCGGCCGUUUAUAUAUGUGUGUGUGCGCGUUUUGUUUGAGGUAAGCGUGUUUUUAUUUCAUUUUCCUCAACUCCUGUUGCUUAUUGGUGCAUUGUUUGUUUGUUUUGUAAAUAUUUUAAACAUCAAACGGUAGCUUGGGAGCCAAAUCUUUUCUAUACUUUUCAAUCCCUUUUUUAUACAAAAAAAAAAACGACGAUUCAAUCAAUGACGACACGGUGGACAAUGAUACUGAUGACAAAUCCCCACGGUAAAACAUACACACAAACACAUUUAUACAUGACACUGAGAAUGGCAGUAAAACGUAAAAUGGAUUAAAAAUGGUAGUAAAAGAAAUAGAAAAGUAUUAGCCCGGAAGAAAGGGAGGAUAAAGACAGCAAGAUGCAAGAAGAAGAUGCCAUACACAAGUAAAUGAAUAUAUGAAUAUAAAAAAAAAGAAACAAGCAAAACCAAACAGCGGAUGAGGCGCGUUGCGGCUGUAGAGCAACAUUUUAGAGCAAGAAAAAACAAGUAAAAAAAGGAAGCUAACAAGAAACAUUAUGAUGGAACUAUACAACAAAA